CUGAAGUUUUCUCUGUCCUUGCAGACAGACUGACUGGGAUAAGAAAAAGAACAGCGUUUUAAAAAUGAAACAGUUUGCUUUGCUUUUGCUGUGCACACAGCUGCUCUGUGUUUGGUCCAGGAGUGAGCCAAUCUAUCCUCUGCAACCUGGCUCCUGUGAAUCCCCAGACGCUGUUGCUGCUGCAGACUUGGCUCUGAGGAAAAUCAAUAGUCACCGGAAAGAAGGCUACAUAUUCAGCUACUACCGCCUUUCCAAUGUCAACCAAAAGCAGAUGGGACCAAUGGGGACUGUAUUUUACCUGACGAUAGAUAUUCUGGAAACAUCUUGCAACGUUCUUACCAAGAGGCUGUGGACAUCCUGUGAAUUGAGACCAUUAACUGAGGCCGUUUAUGGACAAUGCCAGGCAACAAUUUACAUUAAUAAAGUAGAAAGAGCUGUUCAACUCUACAACUACAACUGCUCUUUAAGGCCAGUUCCACGCAAUAGAGUUUAUGAUCUGUGUCUAGGCUGUCCAGAACCACUCAAGGUGGAUGACCCUGAUGUAUUAAAAGCUACACAGCUGGUCCUUCAAAAGUAUAACAAUGAAAGCGCACAUUCAAAAUAUUUUGCCCUUCUGAACGUGACUAAAGCAUCGGCGCAGGCCCUUGUGGCUAAGAACUAUAGACUGGAAUUCACUAUCCAGGAGACAGUGUGCUCCAAGGACACGCAUAGAGACGACGUCUCCCAGUGUGAAUUAAUGACCUGCGAGUUUGCUCACAAAGGUCACUGCAAAGGAUCAUACAUGAAUGCUCCAGAUAAAGAGUAUGUCACUGUCUCUUGUGAACUCGUUGAGCCAGAGGCCUCACAGCAGGAAGAGAAACCCCACCUGCUGGGCGGAGAACAUGACAAGCAUGAGGAUCACCAUGACGACGGGCAUGACCACAAUAACGACAAGCAUGAGGAUCACCAUGACGAUGGGCAUGACCACCAUGAGCAUGGGCCUGGCCACCACCAUCAUCAUCACAAACAUCUGCAUGCUCAUGAGCACCAUCACCAUGGCAAUAAAUCCACUUCUCAGAGAGCUAUCACCCCUCAUUACGAGGAGAUAGAAGGAGAAGUGCUGUAUCUGACACCUAUCGAUGUACCAACUGUUCACAAUGCCGAUGCACAGACGCCUGUUACUCUUCCCUUUUUCCCUGACUCUCUAGUUGCUUUUGAAGGUCCCAUCAUCCGUCCUUUCCCUACAAUGAUUGGAGAAAAGUGUCCGGGUCAGCCAAAGAAUAACGUGAACCUGAUUCAGCAGCUGUAUGAGGAGGGCCAAGGAUUUUUUUAAUUAACUGGUUUAAAAAACAAAACAAAAAAAAACCCCAAUAGUACAGUAACUAAUCUAAAACAGAGCUGUUUUAAAGGGUUUUUUUUUUUUUUUUUUUUGUUGCAAAAUAAUCUGUCAAAUAAAAGAUUUGUCAAUAUA